GUCUCCGGGGCUUAGCGGCGUGGGAGCGGUGGUAGCGAUGAGGCAGAAGCAUUACCUUGAGGCUGCGGCGCGACAACUCUACGAGAGCUGUCCGGGCCAGGCCCGGUAUCUCCUCUGGGCCUACAGUUCGUCACACGAUGAUAACAACGCUUUUGAAGGAACAUGUCCAUACUGUUUCCAGUUGCUGGUCUCGGAUAACUCUCGAGUGCGCCUCAAACCCAAAUCCAAACUGACACCCAAAAUACAGAAACUUCUUAACCGAGAGGCAAGAAAUUGUACACUCAAUUUUAAAGAAGCAAAAAUUGUGAAAAAAUACAAAGACUCCAGAAGUGUAUUGUUGAUUACUUGUAAAACAUGCAACAGAACAGUUAAACAUCAUGGUAAAAGUAGAAGCUUCCUAUCCACACUGAAGAGCAGUCCUACCACUCCUACAACUAAACUCAGCCCGAAGACACCAGAGAGAAAGACUCCGAGUUCCACAAACCUAAAUCACACGUGUGGUUCCAAAGGCAAGAGGCCAGCCUUUGUAUUCAGGACACCGACAUCUGGACAGUCAACACCCACCUGCUCAAAGAGUGUGAGCAAAACUAAGAAACACUUCUCUAAAUUAAAAUUGUUGCUUAGUCGGAGUGAAUCCCAAAAGAAUUCAAAGGUGGACUUCAGAAAUUUCUUACUGUCUUUGUAAAGGAUAGUCUGUGAAAUAAAUGUUUUGUUUUGUUUUGUUUUUUUAACGUUUAUUUACUUUUGAG